AUGUUCAACAGCCAAACUUCAACCAGCCCGGCUUCUACAAAUCGUCAGCUACAAGCACUCGAAGGAACGUACAAAUCCAGCAAACAGUACGACCAGCAAAAGAAAAUCAUAGAAGGCACUCGUAAAUUGAUGCAGCGAAUGCCAUCCGAAACCAGCGAGUUUUCUGAUGGCGAAGAUGCCCAACCUUCCCAAGAUAGAAUGACGAGAAAAAUGAGAAAGUUCGAGCGAAAGGCGUUGGAAACAACGGAAGAGCAUGUCAACUUGGAAAAUCCUCCCCGAGUCAUCGAUAUCAAAAACGAUCAGAAAACAGAUGAGUCAAUUGAAGAACUUGAGAAACCGGAUGAAAACGCAGUCAUUCUUGCCAUGGUUGAUGAAAAGAUGGACUUGAUGCUUGCGAGAUUCGAAAAAAGAGAAAAGGAAAGAAAAAGACAAGAGGCUCAACAGAAGAAUGUGUUAACAGAGUUCGGAAAUGUUCCGGAUAAAUUCCGGAAAUGCCAUUUCAACUUGGCCUCGAAGCCAUCCUGA